CUGGUUGGCGGAUGACUUCGAUACAGAGCAGGAGCCCAGCGGUCCACCGACCAGCAGCCCUGUCGUCCUCUUGCCAUUUGUCUCGCAACCACUUCAAAAAGUUGUUGAAUGAAUGUUAAUAACAUAAGUUCAAGCAGUGAAAAGUCAGCCUGGUCCUGAUGAUGGCGGACAGAAGACAGCAAGCCGUCACCACCAGGAAGAGGACUAGAGGACCAGGGCUCCCCGGGGGGCACUAAUGGGAAAUCACGGACACUAAGGGGCACUCACGGACACUAAGGGGACUCACGGACAGUAAGGGGACUCAAGGACACUAAGGGGGACUCACGGACAGUAAGGGGAAUUCACGGACACUAAGGGGGACACGCGGUGCGUCAGCGCGGUGUCUGGAUGACCCGAUAGACGUCUCCUCCUGGUGUCUUGUCUCCAGGUCUUCAGCUCCGUUUCUGUUAACAACCCGGUUUGGUAGGCUAUUUUACGCGCGCAACGGUAAGAAGAAGAAGAAGACCAAGGGGAGUUCGGAAUAUGGCCCGGUCCGGGAGGUCGGAAGGGGGUUCCUGAUCCAGUCUGUUCACCACGGAGGUCCACAUCUGCUGAGAGAGGCCAGUCACUAGGAGGUGGAUCAGGAUGAGAAGAUGGCUGGCUAUGUGUUUCCAGUGGGACCAGAGUGUUUGCAGAGGUUCACACAGGACUCGCUGGCCGCCAUCGAGCUGCGCAUUGCUCAGGAGCAGGCCAGACGUUCAAAGCACUACCAGGAGGACCUGGGGGACGUGGAGCUGCCCAGCCCUCGAGGAGACCUGGAGGAACAGCUGCCCAGGAUCAUCGGGGAAAUCCCCUCCCAUCUCGUGGGCCUACCACUGGAAGACAUCGACCCCUACUACUUUAAGGAGCAGAGGACCUUCAUAGUUCUAAACAAAGGGAAAGCCAUCUUCCGCUUCAGUGCCACCUCAGCGCUGUACGUGUUCAGCCCCUUCCACCCUAUCCGGAGGGUCUCCAUCAGGAUCCUGGUCCACUCUCUGUUCAGUCUGUUCAUCAUGUGCACCAUUCUCACCAACUGCUGCUUCAUGGCCAUGUCGGAGCCAGCUUACUGGGCCAAGUACCUAGAGUAUACCUUCACAGGUAUCUACACCUUUGAGUCUCUGAUCAAGAUCCUGGCCCGGGGCUUCUGUGUGGGGCCCUUCACCUUCCUGAGAGACCCCUGGAACUGGCUGGACUUCAGUGUCAUCGUCAUGGCAUAUGUGACUGAGUUUGUGGACCUGGGCAAUGUGUCCGCCUUAAGGACAUUCAGGGUCCUUCGAGCGCUCAAAACCAUCUCAGUCAUCCCAGGCCUGAAGACCAUCGUUGGGGCCCUGAUCCAGUCGGUGAAGAAGCUGGCUGAUGUGAUGAUCCUGACCGUGUUCUGCCUGAGCGUGUUCGCCCUCAUCGGCCUGCAGCUCUUCAUGGGCAACCUGCGGCAGAAGUGUGUGCGCAGCAGCAGCCACUGUGUGACGGGCAGCCUGGCCGCCAACACCUCCUUCUACUGCAACAACAAGACCUGGUCCUCCAUCAAGGACUUCGUCAAUGACGAGGACAACUUCUAUAAAGUGGAAGGAGCCAAGGACGCGCUUAUCUGUGGGAACAGCAGCGACGCCGGGCGGUGCCCGGACGGGUUCGAGUGCCUGAAGGCUGGCAGGAACCCCAACUACGGCUACACCAGCUUUGACACCUUCGGCUGGGCCUUCCUGUCCCUGUUCCGCCUGAUGACGCAGGACUACUGGGAGAACCUCUACCACCAGACCCUGCGCUCAGCGGGAAAGACCUACAUGGUGUUCUUUGUGGUGGUGAUCUUCCUGGGUUCCUUCUACCUGGUCAACCUCAUCCUGGCCGUGGUGGCCAUGGCCUAUGAGGAGCAGAAUCAGGCCACCAUUGCUGAGGCCUGGCAGAAGGAGCAGGAGUUUCAGCUCGCUAUGGAGAGCCUCAAGAAGGAGCAACAGAAAACUCUAGACACAGACUCAAUGAUGUCACCGGAAACCUCCCCCUUUGGGCUCCCAUUUGACGAAAUGGAGGAGAGGAGGCGAAGUCAAGGCCUGCUCGGUGUGACCAACUUGGAGGGCAACCUAUCAGAGGAGAAGCUGCUCCAGCUCGACACACUAGAGGGGGAAAAGGUCCCCCACCCCUUCCUGUCCCGCUCCUUGUCCACGCGUCGCGGCAGCCAGAUCUCCUCCAUCUUCAACUUCCGGCUACGGAGCCGCGGGUCGGAGGGGGAGAUGGCCGACGAUGAGUAUAGCAUCCCAGGGGAGGUGGGGGAGGGGCCGGGGAGUCGGGCCAGAAUGGGGAGCCUCCUGCCUCACCCCUGGACCACACGGCGCCCCAGCACCUACAGCACGGCCAGCAGGGGGUCACAGGUUUUUUAUCCUUCUCUGAAUGUUAAUGGAAAGCUGUUUGUUGGAAUGGACCAGAACGGGGUCUCCCCGCCAGCCAUGCAGGGGCAGCUGCCAGCCUGCACCAUGGAGCGGGUCAAGGAGGAGAGUGUGCCUACCUCUACCACAGAGCUCAGCAACAUCCUGGCCCCCAGGCGGCUCUCCUCCCAGGGCUCCUACCGGAGGGACCGGGCCCUCAGCGCUGCCAGCUACCUCACAGACGCCAUGGAAGAGCUUGAGGAGGCCCAGAAGAAGUGCCACCCCUGCUGGUACGUGUUGGCGGAGCGCUACCUGGUGUGGGAGUGCUCCCCCUUCUGGCUGAGAGUGAAACAGCUGGUCAACGUGAUGGUGAUGGACCCCUUUCUGGACCUGGCCAUCACGGUGUGCAUCGUGCUCAACACCCUGUUCAUGGCUAUGGAGCACUACCCCAUGACGGACGAGUUCAAUGGCAUGCUGAGCAUCGGCAACCUGGUGUUCUCUGGUAUCUUCACGGCGGAGAUGCUCCUGAAGAUCAUCGCUCUGGACCCCUACUACUACUUCCAGACGGGCUGGAACAUCUUCGACAGCAUCAUCGUGUGUCUCAGCCUCAUGGAGCUGGGCCUGUCCGAUGUGGAGGGCCUCUCCGUCCUCCGCUCCUUCAGACUGCUGCGUGUGUUCAAGCUGGCUCGCUCCUGGCCCACCCUCAACACGCUCAUCAAGAUCAUCGGUAACUCCAUGGGUGCACUGGGGAACCUCACGCUCGUUCUCGCCAUCAUCGUCUUCAUCUUCGCUGUGGUCGGCAUGCAGCUCUUUGGCAAGAACUACCAGGACUGUGUGUGUAAGAUCUCAAAGGACUGUGUUCUCCCCCGCUGGCACAUGAAGGACUUCUUUCACUCGUUCCUCAUCGUGUUUCGCGUUCUGUGUGGCGAGUGGAUCGAGACCAUGUGGGACUGCAUGGAGGUGGCGGGCCAGCCGCUCUGCAUCCUGGUCUUCAUGCUGGUUAUGGUCAUCGGGAACCUGGUGGUGCUGAACCUGUUCCUGGCUCUCCUGCUGAGCAGCUUCAGCUCUGAGAACCUGUCCGCUCCAGACGACGAUGGCGAGAUGAACAACCUGCACAUCGCCAUCCACCGCAUAACCAGGGGCCUGACCUGGUGUAGGGGACAGGUGGUGGAUUUCUUCAAUGGGAACCUGAAGCGUCGGAGGAAGAAGCGGAAGGAGGCCAAAGCCAUGAUGAAGUUGAAACGCCUCAGCAGCACACACACACCUGAGUGCAACGGGGCCGUUAUAGGCCGCAGUCUGGAGAAGUUCGUGGCCCCGGAGGAGGACAGCUACAUGACCAACCCCAACCUAACCAUCAGCGUGCCCAUUGCGCCGGGGGAGUCUGACGUGGAGUUCCCAGAGGACGAGGACGAGGAAGAGGAGGAGGAGGACCAGCGGAGCGUCACCUCGGAAAAGGAGGAGGAGGAGAUGGAGGAGGGGUUGGAGCAGAAGGAUGAAAUCAGCCUAUCAGAGGGCAGCACGGUGGACCUGAGGAAGCCCGGGGAGGAAGAGGACCACUUCUCAGAGAUGGCAGAGGAAGCCAUGGACCCUGAGAACUGUUUCCCUGACUUGUGUGUGCGGCGGUUCCGCUGCUGUGACGUAGACACGGCGGAGGGCCUGGGUUUGGUCUGGUGGAGGCUGAGGAAGACUUGCUACCACAUCGUCGAGCACAGCUGGUUUGAGUCCUUCAUCAUCUUCAUGAUCCUGCUCAGCUCAGGGGCUCUGGCCUUUGAGGACAUCUACAUCGAGCAGAGGAAAGUGAUCAAGGUGAUCCUGGAGUACGCUGACAAGAUCUUUACCUACAUCUUCAUCCUGGAGAUGCUGCUGAAGUGGAUUGCCUACGGCUUCAAGAAAUACUUCACCAACUACUGGUGCUGGCUGGACUUCCUCAUCGUGGACGUGUCCUUGGUCAGUCUGGUAGCUAACACACUGGGCUACUCAGACUUUGCUGCCAUCAAAUCCUUACGAACCCUGCGGGCCCUGAGGCCUCUCAGAGCUCUGUCCAGAUUUGAAGGCAUGAGGGUGGUGGUGAAUGCCCUGAUCGGGGCCAUCCCCUCCAUCAUGAACGUGCUGCUGGUCUGCCUCAUCUUCUGGCUCAUAUUCAGCAUCAUGGGCGUCAACCUGUUCGCUGGCAAGUACGGCCGCUGUGUGAACCGCACGGGCUACGUGUACAACGCCUCCUUCGUAAACAACAAGACUGAGUGCCUGGCGCUCAACGACACUCACUUCUACUGGAGCAAGGUCAAGGUCAACUUCGACAACGUGGGCGCGGGCUACCUGGCGCUGCUACAAGUGGCUACGUUCAAAGGCUGGAUGGAUAUCAUGUAUGCAGCUGUGGAUUCGCGCUCGGUAGAGGAGCAGCCCAUCAAGGAGGUCAACCUCUACAUGUACCUCUAUUUUGUCAUCUUCAUUAUCUUCGGCUCCUUCUUCACCCUCAACCUCUUCAUCGGCGUCAUCAUCGACAACUUCAACCAGCAGAAGCGAAAGAUAAGGGGACAGGACAUCUUCAUGACGGAGGAACAGAAGAAGUACUACAACGCAAUGAAGAAGCUCGGCUCCAAGAAGCCCCAGAAGCCCAUCCCCAGACCUAUGAACCCGGUGCAGGGCUUCUUCUUCGACCUGGCGGGAAAGCAGGCGUUUGACAUCCUGAUCAUGGUGCUGAUCCUGCUCAACAUGAUCACCAUGAUGGUGGAGACGGACGAGCAGGCGCCGCACAUGGAGGCCAUCCUGAACAACGUCAACCUGGCCUUCAUCGUGCUUUUCUCUGCCGAAUGCCUGGUCAAGAUCAUGGCGCUCCGCUGCUACUUCUUCACCGUGGGCUGGAACAUCUUCGACUUCGUGGUGGUCAUCCUCUCCAUCGUGGGCAUCGUGUUAGCGGACAUCAUCGAGAAGUACUUUGUGUCGCCGACGCUGUUCCGAGUGAUCCGAUUGGCCCGCAUCGGCCGCGUGCUGCGGCUGAUCCGGGGCGCCAAGGGCAUCCGCACGCUGCUUUUCGCCCUGAUGAUGUCCCUGCCAGCACUCUUCAACAUUGGCCUCCUCCUCUUCCUCGUCAUGUUCAUCUACGCAAUCUUCGGCAUGGCCAACUUCGCCUACGUCAAGAAGCAGGCGGGCAUCGACGACAUGUUCAACUUCGAGACAUUCGGGAACAGCAUGAUCUGCCUGUUCCAGAUCACCACCUCGGCAGGCUGGGACAGCCUGCUCAGCCCCAUCCUCAACAACUCCCCCGAGGAGUGCAACGCCCAGCUGCCCCACACCGGCACCAACGCCAGAGGCAACUGCGGAAACCCCUCGGUAGGCAUCACUUUCUUUGUGACCUACAUCAUCAUCUCCUUCCUCAUCGUGGUCAACAUGUACAUCGCCAUCAUCCUGGAGAACUUCAGCGUGGCCACGGAGGAGAGCACGGAGCCGCUGAGCGAGGACGACUUUGAGAUGUUCUACGAGGUGUGGGAGAAGUUCGACCCGGAGGCGACGCAGUUCAUCGAGUACGCCAAGCUGUCGGACUUCGCCGACACGCUGUCAGAGCCGCUGCGAAUCGGCAAGCCCAACAAGAUCAAGCUGAUCAGCAUGGACCUGCCUAUGGUGAGCGGGGACAAGAUCCACUGCCUGGACAUCUUGUUUGCCUUCACCAAGCGCGUGCUGGGCGAGUCGGGCGAGAUGGACGCGCUCAAGCAGCAGAUGGAGGAGAAGUUCAUGAUGGCCAACCCGUCCAAGAUCUCGUACGAGCCCAUCACCACCACGCUGCGCCGCAAGCAGGAGGACGUGUCGGCGUCUGUCAUCCAGCGCUGCUACCGCCGCCACCUGGUGCGGAGACAAAUGAAGGCGGCGUCCUUCCUGUACCGCCAGCUCACCACACCGCGCCACGCCUCGGGCGAGGACGAGGCGGGUGGUGCUGGGGAGGAGGCAGUGGAGAAGGAGGGGCUGAUCGCCGCCAUGAUGCGGGAAAACUACGGCUCUGGUGGGGCGGCCAUGGAGCACUCCCAGACCGUCUCCACCAUCUCCUCACCACCGUCCUACGACAGUGUGACACGGGCCACCUCGCAGCUCUUUCACGGGCUCACCCCCAAGACAGAAGUGCCUGGCGCAUCACACAGCGAACUCAGCAAGCCGUCGCCACCAGAGGGCCCCGCGGACCCCAAGCAUGGGGUGUAGCCGCGACUCAGCUGGGUAUCAGAGGCAAUAACGCGGACCCCCAGCCUGGGGUGUAGCCGCCAUUCAGCUGGGGAUCAGAGGCACAAAACAACUCAACUAAAACACAAAACAAAGGCUGAUGGAAGAUCUUCCUGUUUGGGGUGAAAUGUGUACAUUCAUUUGAUGAAUUAACCAUAGAUCACUUCAUAAGAGUGAGGAGGAAGCAAAAUCAGGAGGGAUAUGAGAAGGACCGACGUGUAAGGAUCAAUUAAAAGAGCAAACAAUGAGGAUUUUAUCUUUCUUUUAUCAAACCCUCUUUUCAUCCAAUUUGAGGUCCUAAAGUCCUCCCUGCCGGUUGUUGUCAGGAGAUUCACAUUGAGGUCCAGGAGCAUUGAAACAAAUGAAACAGCAUUGAAACAGCGACCACUGGGAUACCUGUGAACUUCCUGCAUUGUCAUGACAACGGGAGCCUAGACGGUUUGAAGAGUCCCCGAUAUUUUGACCUCAGGGGCAAAAGAGAGGUUCUAGAAUCUACAGGGUCCAAACACUCAACUGAUCUAUCUAUCAUUCAUUAGACAGGGAGGGCCCAAUAGUCCACCCAAUAGUCAUCAAUAUUUAUGAAGCAUCUUGGCUUUAAUAGACUCUGGGUGGGAACACUUGGACCACUUUCUGACCAGGCAUUGAGGGACUAAUGGGAAUACAACAGAAAAGGGAUUUUCAUAGCCAAAAGUAAACUUUAUUGAUGCUAAAAGUCCUUUAAUAUUGUUGCGAUUAUUACAUUUUCUUAUGUUUUUUAGAGUAAGUUGAGCAAAACGAUGAAAUGAUGCUGGUAGACUGGGCUGGCGUCUCGCUUAACAACCAGGUUGCCACGUCAGAAGGGGCAGAGAAACAUUCUUUAACGUCUGGGAUCGCUUCCCCUGUCCACCUGCUUUUAUUGAAGAAUUUUGCACUUUUGUUUAGUUUACCUGGGCUGUCACCCACAAACAGAAAAAAAAAGCUGUUUAGAGCCUGAUACCUAAGACUACAUUGCAAUGAUUUUGUUGUCUUCUUUUUUGGGAGGUAUUUUACUUGAGAAAGCGCCACAACAGACGCCAGUAACACAAAACGAAACACAUCCAAGAAUCUCCUGAUGCUUUAUCUAGUCUACAUCUUCAUACCGCACGGUUCCCCAUUCAAGCCGUGGAUGAUUUGUCAUCAAGUCACUAUUUUUUUUUUUUAACACUCCUGGUAUACUGUAUUCAACCUAUGAAUUCAGUUCUAACAGCUGUUUGCCCUUGUGUAUUAGGGGGGCUCAUCCACAGGGCCCAAAAGCCAUGCACAAAAAGGAACAGAGUGGAGGUGUACUUCAGAUACUACACCGCUAGAAAGGAUGAGAGAAGUAGACUUCUUGUCUUGAGAAGUCACUAAAAAUGGGCCAGCAUCCAACGUGCAUUUCACACAAUAAAAAACACUUUGAUGUGGAAUGUGGUGCUAUGAUAAAAUUGUUUAAAUACAGAGAAUAUGUCCAAUAGAGAUCAGGUUAGUUAGAUGUACCUGAAGAACAGCCUCAUCCUGCCCUCAUUACUUGUGGCUAUAAGUGAAAAAAACUUCAGAUUCUUUGGUCUGCAUUCAUUUGCCAGUAUAUGUAUACUGAACUUGCAUGGCAAAUGGAUCUGAAAUCUAAAAAUCAUCCACUGUCAGGAAAUCUGAACUGAUGUGAUUUCUCUGGCCAUGCAUCGUUUAUUUGGCAGGAAUGAGGCUGGAACAAACUCAUUCAGGGCUGACUUCUGGUUGUUAAAGUGCUUUUUUCUCUUUUUUCUGAGUUGGAUCAAUAGUCGACGUUUAGAAAAACCAUCACAUCUGUAGUAAAGCCAGAAAUAAUUGAAGGAAUAAUGUUUUCAAGUGUCAGUGUGCUAAAGCAGAUCAGGAAAUGCUAAUGUGUGCACUUCAGUGCAGUGAAUGCACAUUUUUAAUACAUGUGGCAGAAAUACCCUUUUAAAUACACUUGUUAAAAUGAAGACAAUUAAACAAGGUUUUUAAAUGACUUGGCACCAUGAUUAUUCAAACCGGGGCGAUUAAUGUCAGGUGUUUUUUUUUACAAACAUAAUAGAGUACUUUCCAGGGAAGGAAACGGACAUGUAACAGAGGGUGGUUGAUUCAGCUGUAUUGUCAUGAUUCGAUGGUCUGUUUCAAGUGCCGUUAGGGACGGUAGUGACCAUCCUUUUAUACUGGCUGACAAAUCCAGACCUGUAUCAGUCCUGACCGCUCCUGGGCUGUUUACACAUUUAGCGUAUAUUUAUGAACGAUGAAGACAUUAGGAGAGCAGGUUAGAUUUUAAAGAAUAUCCAUUGCUGGUCCCACAAUAACUUUAUCUGAAUUCUCCUAUGUUCCAACUCUGGAGCGAAAUAACUUAUUUUCUUACCAUAGAUUCCCAAGAAAUGUAUUAAUGCUUCUUAUUUGACGAAGGAGUUGCUGAUGGAUUGUUUUAUUGAUUGAAUGGGUUGUUGUGUUAGUUUUUGUGUGUUAUGAUGUUCUGGAUCACAGAUGGAAAGUGGUGGCACCUUAUCUAUUUUGCACAGAGAAACAAAAAAACAAAACGUCUAGCAAUAAUGGUUUACUGAUACUGAUUUGAUACCGCCUUACUUUAAUGUGUUCCAGUGUAUUUAUCUGUGUAUUAUUGUCGGGCAAGUCAUUGAUAGCCUGCUGAGUUAAUACAUUGGCACUGUGUUCAUGAACAGUGUAGACAUUGUAAUUGGAGUCCUGAACACCUGGGCAACCAAUGCUUUACAGACCAAUCUUUUUAUCAUAAUGGUUUAUCCCCCAAUGAUGUAAUCAAAUCUGUCAUAGCUUUGGUAAUUCCAAUUGGUUAACACUCACCUGUCCGGAGAGUGGUUUCUUCCCAUUGGUUAAUACAUAUGUUAUUAUACUGGAAUAAGAAAAUGUUAAAGUAUAGUGAUAUCCUUUUAUUAAGAAGCAGUGUCAAAGUGUGCGUAUUAUAGAGCCUUUGUUUAGUCUGGUUGAAACUCAAAUAGUUCCAACGAUAAACUCAAAUAAGUCAGACAACUUCUCUCUAUAAAUAUAUUUAUAUAUCUGUCUGUGUCUGGAUUUCAAUGUCUCUCUCCCUUUCUCUCUCCCUCUAUCUUUUGAUGAUCGACCAAGGGAAAGUUGCUAAUGCUUUACUAGACGAUUUAAAACAAAGCAGAAGAACAAUUUUACAGGCAGCGCCAGGACCCUAUUCUGCUCUUUCUACGAAAUUCUAAGUGGAUAGACACCCACUUAGCGAGUCGACUCCAGAGACACGGCAGAAGUUAGCUCCACAAGCAGAUUUCAGGGUUGCAGUUGUGUAUUGAAGGGCUGAUUUCAGUAGCAAUAGACCGAGAGUGUGCCUGGUACACAUGCCAUGCCCCCUCCCCCAACACCCUAGAAUGCCUUUCCGUUGCUUCAUGGGGUUACUGCUACUACUUUCUUUGUUUUGAUUGGCUGAUUGACCCGUGGAUAGGUUCCAUCAGUUUAUGGAUAUUCAUGCUUUUUAUAUGGACUCACCCCUCGUCACCCCAAGCGCACUCCCCACACACAAAUACACACAUGCAGAGGCAUAAAGACACCAUCAUAUUCUACUCAGAGAGCUUAGCGACUUCAAAGUGACAUUAUAGCUUCCUAACAGCUCCAUGGUGUACGUUUAGCACAAUGGGAUGUAGCCAUCACCAACCCACGGGCCGAGGGAGGCGCCCACAGGGCUGACUGGUGAGAAGGAGCACUGGGAGCGGAUCAGGAGUCUGAAGACCAUCACACCAUGUCUCCUCAGAGCUUCCUUUCUGCCGCUUCUGAUCCACAUCCCCAAACGGACACGCAAACCAUCCUGUACUAAGAAGAUGAAAAGCUGCUUUGCCAUCUCAAGACAAACGGACACACAACCAUCUCUGUAAUAAUAGGAUGAACCCGCAAAAAGAACAAAAUGUGGUUUCAUUGUUCAUUAUUAUUAUUAUUAAUGUUACUAUUACUUGUGUGAUAAAUGCAAUACAUCAACUAAGUGAACAGGCAUCAAAUACUGCUGUAUCUUAUUUAUGAAAGUGGAAAUGAAAAUGAUAUUUAUUUCCUUUGUGGUGUGGAUGUGGUUUCACCGCUCCCUGUUUACACACGGUUGUGAAAUGGCCUGACACUCAUCACAAACAGCCACUUGUCUGCUCAGAGGUUUAUAACAGUUAAACUAACAGUUAGUUUGUGUGUUAUUUCAUGAUUGCUAACAACAACGUCAGUGUCCUGGACAUCAUUGCUAGGUGUGAUAAUGUUAAAGUGCUCUUCUGCUCUGCCCUCUGUCUUCUCUCUAUUCUGUCAUCAACCAUGAUCUGUGGUUUGGUUAAAGACAUUAUACUAAUACCAUUAGGAUAAUUAUUAUUAUUAUUUAUUAUUAAUUUAACGGUAUUGUUUUAUUAUUAUACAGACAUCAUAUAACCAUGAGUAUGACCCUAUAUUCACCAUAUUUCUUAUCUAAUGUGAGUUGUAGAGGGUUUUUCAUCUGCUUAUGUCCCGCCCACCACACACACACACACACUGACUUUCCUCUUAGUUAUCAAAAUUGACAGAAACUGAAUAAAAAACAAAAAGAAUAAAAAUGUCGCAAGUCACAGGGAAAUUUUCAGGUUUGCAGCGAUGAAAGCUACGUUGUCGAUAUAAAGAAAAAAGAAAAAAGGUAAAAAAUAAGAAUAUACAUAGCCGAUAGACCGUUCCACAGCCGUUGUGUAUACAGAGGGAGGAGCAACUGGGUCAAGUAGGGUGCUGUACACCACCCAGCUAGAGACAGAAAACAGCGGAUGACUGGGUGAAGGGGCUGUACACCACCCAGCUAGAGACAGAAAACGGGAUGACUGGGUGAAGGGGGCUGUACACCACCCAGCUAGAGACAGAAAACAGGGGAUGACUAGGUGAAGUGGGCUGUACAACACCCAGCUAGAGACAGAAAACAGCACCCAUCCAGACAAACAGCUACAACAAGAAUACCACUACUGAAUAAUAUAUAUAUUACUUUUUAGUACUUUGAGUUUAAAUACUUUUUAGUACUUUGAGUUUAAAUACAUUUUAGUACUUUGCAAAUACUUGUCUGUAUAUAAAACAAAAGCCUCUGAUAAUAAAUGAGAAAAAAAAAUACAUACUGAAUUCGGUGGUGAUGUUGUAAUUAUGAACAAAUGUGUGUCCUGUUGAGUGAUUUGGUAGGGGUACCUUUUCCAAUGUCUUAGCUAACCCUAACCCUGUUGUGUGAUUUUGGUGGUAGUAUGUUUAUUUGUCUAAUGUCUAUUUUGGUUAAGAGACUAAAGCUGAAGAAGGCUCAAAUUCUUGGUUUGUGUACGGCACUUCAUAUAUUCUGUAUAGAUACCAUGUACUUCAAGGUACUGAUUACAGUUACUGAUUUAGAAUGAUGCUGAGAAUUGUACUUGUUAUUUUUGUGCUUGGAGCCAAACUAAACACUAAACACUACACAUAGAUAAACACUACACAUAGAUAAACUCCAAAAUCAAUGUUCCUGAUAUACACAAGUAUUGACAAGGGACAAGUAUUGUCUUUGUGUUUAUAAAAUGUAUAUAAUCCAUCUAUACAUUAAAACAAUUGUCUUAUUAUAUAUAUA